CGAGCGCUAGGUAGCGUGGUAGUAGUUGGGCGAUGUGAGUGAAUUCCGAAUUGUGUCAGGUGUUGACCUAAUGUGUCAUUGAUCUAAUGAUUGUUGUGUGUGUUAUGGUGUUUUCAAACAAGGAGAUGGAUUUUCGACGACUCUAGGCUGCUAUGGAUGUGUGGAUAUUGCUAGCCAUCACCUCAAUUGCUGGCGUUGCAGGGACGGUGGAAGUGCAUUUCGAGAACAAGGAUGGAGGGUUUUUCCUGCGGCAUGCAGCCCGCACACAGUACCCGGCCGCUGUGGACUUGGCUGGGGCGAGGGACCGAGGGGAGGCUCCACCAGAGGGCAGCACUGUGCUCAGCGUCGACCGCUUCACUGUGUUCCAGACCUCCCAGCCUAUGUCUGUCAGAGCAACUUACGGGCCUUUCUCUACCAAGCAGACGGUCCCGGCUAGAUACAUAGUGCCAGACCCAGUGCCGAUGAAUGCCUCCACUUUGGCACUAGACAUGGAGCUGAGCGGAGGACAUCACUUGGACAUGAGUGCCCAUGUGGUCCGGGGUGAGAUCCCCCGGGACUCUCCCGUGCUCCGGGUUCUGUUCCACACUGGCGCCGACCCAAGGCUGCCCAGGCACCAGCAGGUGUGUAUACAAGUACAUGUGUCCAUGGGUGAUCGGCCGGCCCUCACUGCAGCAUGCAGCCCUGACGGCGAGGACGGAGUUUGUUUGACAGAGAUAACCAUCCCUCCCUCCUGGUGGCCUCCGCUCCCCCUCCCCGACGUGGACGGCCGACCUGGCAAACCCGUCAAGACUCCACAGCGGACUGUUAAGGUUUCAUACUCAGUACUAGAACCUCGCACGUCAGACCUGGCCGAGUGUAUUCCCCGAGUGCAGAUCCAGCCUGUCACUCCCCUCUCCUCUAUACCUCUGGUCCACGCGAGAGGUAGCUACAGAGAACUACGCAGUGACGACCACCUCGCCUUGCUGUUGCCCCACGCCGCUCUCUUCCCUCGCUCCAGACUACACGUCCCCGUCUUCCUGAGGGUCAACCAGGAAUUCUCCAUCUCCGGGUUCAUCCUCAGAGCUCGGGUGAAGAGCGGACUCCGGGUGUUGGGUGCAGAAGUGAGUGACCGAGACGCCUGGAACAUGAGUCUUGACGUCAACCCGAAACAUACAGUCGCAACUGUCACGGUUUUCCGACGAUCCAUGGACAACGACGGACAGGACAAGAAAACUCUACCUAGGGUGGAGGAGGUGCUGUGCUGGCUGCUGGAGGUGGUGGAGGACAGUGCAGAGUUGUGGGACGAGGGGAGGAUUGUAUGGAGUGUCCGCUACGUGCUAGAGGGACAGGAGAGGCGAGGUCAUCACACCCGCGGGCCACACAAGGAUGAUGAGCGAAAGAAGAUCACUGCCAAGAUAGAGAUACAGAAGGACGACAUACAGGCGGUCCUACCGAUAUCAAAGAACUGGGAGGUGAUCAACACGGCAGUAUUGACGGGACGUCAGGUGUCCCAGGCUAUGAAGGUGUUCAUCGUCAGUCAGGCUGGCAAAGUGGCUGACGUAACUCUGCAGUCCUCUUGUCACUCGGAAGAUGAAAGUGUCCUCAAGGUUUCCUCGUCUUGUAGCUCUGUGUACGUAGAUGGAUCGGAGAUUCGAGGGUCGUGGAACGCGUCUGUUCUGGUCAAGUACGGGACUUACACUGGCCUCGCUCGCUUCACUCUGUGGAUGCCAGAGUUUCCACUGGAAGUCAGCGUCAACGACUUCCGUCUUAGUCAGAUCAAGGGUUGGAGAGUGCCUGAUGAACAUCUAAGUAGGACUACGAACAAGAUUAAGAAACGCAGCGUAGAAGAUGGUAAAGGCCGAUGGUCAGGGAUGGUGACAGAAGAUGUGGACAACACUGUGGACGAUGAUAAGCUGAGUCCGUCACAUUGUAGAUUACGAUAUCAGCAGAGUCCGGUUGAGGUGUACGCCAGGUUCCUAGCAGCAGACCACGACUCUGGCCGAGUGAGCUACCUAGUGUCUCGGAGGACAUGGUUGAGGGUGACAGAUCUAGUCCUGGGCUUGCUCAGAGUGUCCGACCCUCGCAUUGCCUCUUUACACGGCUGUACACUGCAGGGGAGAAGUGUGGGACGCACAGAAGUACAGGUUCUGUCGGCCAUCACAGGACGGGUGAUAGGAGCCAAAGAGGUGAGGGUGGGGAGUGACAAGGUGUCUGUGACCAAGCUGAGAGUCAACAUCGUCUCAGGUCUGCAGCUCAACAUCUCACCAGACUCUGCCAUAGACAACGGCUACAUAGCAGAGACGUCCGUCACCAGAAAACUGACAGCUCAGUACCAGGAGGGCCUGCUAGACAUGGAGGUCGACUUCUCGGACGGAUCGACCACUCCACUACGGGACAUCUCCCUCUCUGACUACUCACUGGUCGUAGACUCCCUCAGUCCCGACGUGGUGGCGUUUGCUCCCAACGCCUUCUCACACCCGCGGGUGAUCGCUGUGGGGGAGGGGAGAGGGGAGUUACUGCGGGUGGCGCUCCUGACACCUGACGAGUGCCGGGUGGGACCAGCCAAGCGGACACCUCCACUAGUGUCUGCUACUGCGCAGGUGGAGGUAGACUUUGCCAGCAACAUGAUGCAACAUCGUCCAGACUUUGUGCAGAAUGACGGAGGAGCCAACAGUGGACGGGACCGCAAGGCUCACAGAGAUACUGUCGACCUUCAUGAUAUCCUAAUUGGAAUCCCACUGAAAGACGAGAACAACCAUGAGCCGACAGUGCAGGCGCGUCAACAUCACAGCAGCGGAGGGGGAGGAGGCGUGCCUCACUCGCUCGGCUCACGACACCAUGGCAACUCUGCCGCUCACAUGACACCUCUAGAGAUAGGGAUGUACGUCCUGCUGGCUGCGUUCUGCUUUGCCAUUGUUGUGUUUGUCGUGUCUUGCGUCGUCUACGCUUCAAAAUUCAAACCACAUACGCUGUCUUCGCCUGACUUGCCUCCAGAACCGAUCGCCAUGUCAAUGGCUGGCAAGAGCAUUGGUAGUAGCAUGAUGACGCCGGUAGCCAACGGGAUGAUGUUGCCGAGACGACCUCCACACAACCAGGAACCGACGACCAACGCUCAUGAUUGGGUUUGGCUGGGACGUGCCACUCUGGAACGUGCUUCAGGUAUGCUUGUGCCGGCAACUACAGCUCAAGCUAUGAGAAUCACCACAAACCCAUCAUUUGGUCACGACCAGCCUGGACCCUACCCUCGACCUCUCACAGUCGACUCCUCUACCUACGUCAAGGACCGUCCCAGGCACAGAACACCUCCUCCUGCAGACAACCAAUGGAACCUGUCUCCGACCCCACCGCCUCUGCCGCCCCACGGUGUACCUGUGGAGGGUGAAUACCGACCGCCUGUCCCGCCACACCGCAACUCAACUACUGAACCCAACAUGAACAUGAACGAGAACAUGCUGCACAGGAUAAACAAACCGAGGGAGUACAACCGAGGAGGGAGAACGCCUGAGAACGGAGCCCGUCGCCAUCACCACCAUCACCACCACCAUCGCAGCAAAGGCGGACGACACCUUACGAGGGCUCCGCAGCACAACAUGGAAGAAGGAGACGACACGUUUGUGGAACUCAGCACCUCGGGGAACGGGGAAGUCAAACGAGCCACCAUUGUGGGCAACCCGAUGUUCUCGGCGGACGAGGAGCACAGAGCGAGGGAAGAUCUUUUGGCCCUCGAGGAUCUCAAUCUCGGAAUGGAUUAUCAGCAGAUAAUGGAGUAUUUCGACAAUCUGAAAGAGUCUAAUGCUUGACUCAAGUAGGCUGCUGGUUGGAGAGCCUCAAGAGAUGAGUUUUCCCUUUGUUGGUUUCAAAGAUUUGUAGGCUUCAAGAAUCAUUAAGUUGUGCAUUUAAAAAAGAAGAAUUUGAAAUGUUUUUUCCUCUGAUGAAAGAGGUUGCUGUCAAAAGAAUGUAGACUUUGAAAAUACGUAUUUAAUAUUUCAUAAGGUUUUUGCCAGUAUUUGAAUAAAUGGAAAUGUAAAAAAAAAUAACAGCAUGAAAAAACCGUGGAAAUUUAAAUUAAGUGCUUAUUGCUAAAGAUUGCAGACUAAUGAUGGUAUUAAAUACUACCUGUCAGGUACCCACAAAAAUACUUAUCACUGUAUUGUUUUUUGUUUUUUUUUUACUUGUUAUGCUUUGAAACCGUCAAAGGGAUAAUGUUGACGACAAAACCACUGUAUUCUAGUCAGGAGUUUCCCGCGAGGAAACCUUAACCAUACCAAGAGAAAUAAUAUUGACGAGUUGUCUGUGAAUAGAUUUAUCUACGUGCGUGUCAUAUCAGUGCUUUAACAUAGUUGUUCCUACCUCCCGCAAUGAUUGCUAUAUCCCUUGAUAUUAUGUUUGUAGCUAUGCAUAGAUCGUCUAAUACUCUAUCCUGUACAUGUUGCGUUGUAAGAUUUUGUAAAUAAAUAACUCCUGACAUGUAAUCUCAUUUAUAUAUUUUUGGAAAUGCUAAAUUUCUUAUGCUGUACAUUUAGUCUAUGUGAAUGUACGAUGGGGCGUUGUGCGCUGGAAUAAUUUUACAGGGUUAGGUAAAAGUCUAGAACCCCCCGGUAAACUUUUUAACGCGUUGCAGUAGGAAAACCAAACUUGGCACAUAUUUACAACAUGAGAAAUUGCACUUUUUCAUCAAAGUUAUAAUGCCCUAGCCCCCAAAAUGGGGUAUUUUGGGGGCAGCCCCAAAUUUUCAAAUGUUAACACCUAUCAUGUGAUCACUCAUUUUAAGGGGUUUAUCAAGAGAAAUUGAAUGGCACAAUCCAGAGGUCAAUAUCGCACCCCUAAUCGAAAUGGCAGCCAUUUUAAUUUAAGAUGAGCAAGCAAGAUAAAGGCUAGACACCCCCAGUUAACUUUACGUGUGGCAAUUUGAAACCAAACUCGGCACAUGUUUACAACAUAAAAAAAUGCCCUUUUUGAUUAAAGUUAGAAAUUUUGGGGGCAACCCAAAAUUUUUAAAUGUAAACACCUAUCAUGUGACUCAUUAAUUUAAACUGUUUCUCAAGACAAGUUAAAUGGCGCAAACUAGAGGUCAAUAUCCCACCCCUAAUCAAAAUAGCAGUCAUUUUGAAAUAUCCCCUAUUAACUUUUUAAGAGGUUAUAGCAGGAAAACUAAACUCAGCAUAACUUUAUAAAAAAAGAGAAUUCACCUUUUGGUCAGUAUUAAAAUAUUAAAUUUUUAAAGUUAACUGAGGGUGUCCAGACUAUAUCUUGAUUGCUCAUCUUAAAUAAUUAAAAUGGUUGCCAUUUUGAUUAGGGGUGCGUUAUUGACCUCUGGUUUCCGUCAUUCAAUUUCUCUUGAUAAACCCAUUAAAAUGAGGGGUCACUUGAUAGGUGUUUACAUUUGAAAAUUUGGGGCUGCCCCCAAAAUACCCCAUUUUGGGAGCUGGGGCAAAGUUGUCACCUUGAUUAAAAAGUGCAAUUUCUUAUGUUGUAAAUAUGUGCCAAGUUUGGAUUUCCUACAGCAACGCGCUAAAAAGUAAACCGGGCGUUUCCAGACUUUUUCCUAGCCUUUUUGUAUUUGAAAGUCUUUUUUUAGAAAUAUAGUAUAAUUUUGUUAGUUAGUCUUAUUCAUGAAGGACAUUAGUAAAUAUUGAAUAAUAUUCAGUCGACUCUCUGAUGAAGUUCUACACCUGAAUGAAAUAUCAGUGUUAUUUUUUGUAAAUUUUUAUAUCAAUAUUUGGAAUCUUAUUCUGAGGUAAGGUGGCCGAAAUUAAAUUAAAAACUAUUCUAUUCUUUAUUUGGCAGAGUGAUACCAAUACCAUAGACAAAUAGAAUAAAUAUAGACCGACAGCAGUUUUGCGGUUAGCAUAAGUUCCAGCAUGCGCUUUGAGUGCCAUGUAGCUAUGGCGCACACCGCUCUGCAGCGUCUGCUGGUAGCAUACGGCUCCUUGCCUGUUGCGGUGUGCGCCAUAACUACAUGGCACUCCUAGUAGCAAAUCGCAGAACCUUCCUAUGACAGUCUAUAUUUAUUCUAUUUGUCUAUUACAUACCCAACGUGUCUUAAUAACAGUAACUGCUGUUCGUAUUUAAUAACAAAACUUGAUGGUAAACUUUAUGGGAGCAUUAUUUAUAGUGAUCAAUGCACAACAUUUCUUUGUAAAUUGAAUACCCAGCUUAAAGAGUGAUGCAUUAUGACAAAAAUGUAGCUCAUCGCAGGCCAGAAUGUCUAUUCGAGCUUUGCUCAUUUAACUAAUGCUUUUCAAAACGUCUUACUUUACAGGGGCCCUUGUGAUUAAACACUUUUAUUUGAAAAGCUGUAUUUGAAGACAUGCUUGAUUGAGACAGGUUGUAUUCAAACGCACGACGCCCCCUAUGUGUUUUCUCAGUUGUCAUUUGUUGUGUGACUAAAUUUUCAGUCCCGUUUGAGAUAAAUCACGGCAUGGUACUUGUAUCCUCUUCAGUAAAAAACUUGUUUCACUUUAGGUCUAUGUCUAAAUUUAUCUUAGGGAGAUUAUAUCGUAGUUUUGUAGCGUAGCUCACUUUCAUACUGUUAAAAAAAUUGUGCUUUUUGUAAAAGGUCGCAUAAUGAAACAUGUCGGUAAAUUCACUCCCUCCAGUUAGAGCAGAAGGUAGUGUUAUGUAGACUUAAGUGAUUUUUAUAUAAAAUAUAUAUUAAAAAAUCAAUUCCUAUUAAGCAAAGCUUAUUCCGGUAAAAGAUAUUUUGUCGUUGUUUUUACUCCAGUCCAGCAACUUUUUCAAAAUACGUAUUUAAUACUUGACUAAAAUCUGGGAUUUCAGCUUCGGUUACAGAAGCCAUUUCCGUGCAGAAUUUAGAAAAAAUAACACAGUUUAAGUUAAAACAUGUAAUGCAAGACUUUUCUUCGUUUUGAGAGUGUGCAAAGUUUUCAAACAGAUUAAUUAUCUAGUUAUUUUUUAUAUCGAAUUCUGCAUGGAAAUGUAUGUCUGACGUGGCUUGUGCAUUUCGCUAAUGAUCAUUAAAUAUGCCCCACUAUGAUUUUUAUUAACUUAUAACAUAGGGUUUAAAUGAAAAUAAGUCAGUAACAUACAUGCUUUGAAGUUAUUGAAUGGUACAGAAAUUUUCUACUGUAUUUAUGAGACUUCAUCUUCAUAUCGUAUUCUUUAAAAAAUGUUGUUUAAUUUACAACCUCAUCAAAACAUCAUAGAACUAUUUAUUUCAUCCCAGCCAUUUUAGUACUAAAUAUAUUUGAAAGUACAAUAUUUAUACUAUGUAAUGUGUAUAAUAGUUACAAACACUGUACAUUUUCCUUAUUUUGUGCCAUCGUGAAAUAGAUCUAAGCCACAAACAAUCUCUGCUAUUAGACUGAUAUUAUUAAUGUUAUUUGUUAACGAGAGCUAUAGAAUACUUUAUCGUUGUUUACGAGUAAUUUUAUUUGUAAGUUUACAUUCACCCACAAUUGUACAUUGUAGAAAUCUUGUAUUUAUUUUGAAUGUAAAGUAUGUUCGGUGCUUAUGAGUUUGUUUUGUAUGAUAUUAGUUUCGCUAGGUUUUCUACAAUGUUACGCUACUGAUGUUAUGUGCUAGUUAUUUAUUUGUCGCACGCUGGAAGCACCAGCCAACCUGUACACUGGUGUAAAUAUAAAUGUUAACAUCUACAUAAAUGUUUA